UGCAAAUCAAGUGUAAGGUAUAUAUGUUAAAAAUCAGUUUAAAAAAAUGGCAAAAGUGAGGAAUAGUAAGAAAAACAAUGGCAUAUUGAAGUUUAAGUUAGUCAUGGAGAGACUACAAAAGGGUUUUUUCUUGGUCAAGAAGCGAUCGCAUUCGAUUCAUGGUCAAGAAACAGUACCAUCCGACGUGAAAGAAGGUCACUUUGCAGUGAUAGCAUCCGACGAUUAUAUUGAAAGGAGAUUUGUCGUUCCUAUCGCGUGCCUCCACCAUCCUUCGUUUCAAAGACUCCUAGAGAGAGCCGCCGAAGAGUAUGGGUUCGACCACGAAGGUGCACUUAUGGUACCUUGUAGACCGAGUGAGCUAGAGUGGAUGCUAGAGGAACAAAUAGGGUCUCAUGAUGGUACAGAUUGGACUUCAUAUAAGACCAUGGUGGAAAGUUGUUGAAAUUGUGUCUAAUUAAGUUGUGUAUUUGGCACAAUGUCACGUCUAUACAUAAACCCUUGACACAUUGAAUUUAAAGGGUUUUUGGGGCACCGAUAAAUUUUAUAAACACAUAUAUAUCAUAUAUGUGCGUGUAAUACAUAUUACUUUAAUAUCGUUG